UUUCCGUGAUAGGUCAAAACCACAAGUUUUCCCUUUAAAUACCUAACUAUAUUAGUCAUUUAAUGUACUGCAAAAUGAAUACAGGUUUUGAAAAGAUGGAGAAGAAUGGUAAUCUUACUAGAAGGAAAAAAGGAGGGCUUGCAACAAUGCCUUUUAUCUUUGCUAAUGAGGUUACUGAGAAGUUAGCAGUGGUGGGUUUCAAUGCAAACAUGAUAAGCUACCUAACAACACAGCUUCACAUGCCAUUAACAAAAGCUGCUAACACUCUCACUAACUUUGGAGGAACUUCAAGCUUGACACCAUUGCUUGGUGCCUUCAUUUCUGAUUCUUUUGCUGGAAAAUUCAUGACUAUUACCGUUGCUUCCAUCAUAUACCAGAUAGGCAUGAUUAGUUUGACUAUGUCGGCGGUACUUCCACAAUUAAGACCACCUCCUUGUAAAGGGGAGGAGGUAUGCCAGGAAGCUAGUUCAAGACAACUCGCUAUUCUAUAUGUAUCACUUCUACUAAGUGCACUCGGAUCGGGUGGGAUCCGACCCUGUGUGGUAGCGUUUGGAGCCGAUCAAUUCGAUGAAUCGGAUCCAAACCAAAAAACAAGGACAUGGACUUAUUUUAAUUGGUACUAUUUUGUCAUGGGAACAGCUAUACUUGUGGCUGUGACUGUUCUAGUUUAUAUUCAAGACAAUGUUGGAUGGGGAUGGGGCCUUGGAAUCCCCACAUUGGCAAUGUUUAUCUCAAUAAUUGCAUUCAUUGGUGGAUAUCCACUUUACCGGAACUUGAACCCGGAAGGAAGCCCGUUUACCCGACUUGUGAAAGUGGGUGUGGCUGCUUUUCGUAAGAGGAAGAUACCUAAAGUGCCUAACUCUACAUUGUUAUACCAAAAUGAUGAACUUGAUGCAUCAAUAACAUUAGGUGGGAAGCUGCUUCAUUCAGAUCAGUUAAAAUUUUUAGACAAGGCAGCAAUAGUGACUGAGGAAGACAAUACCAAAACACCAGACUUAUGGAGGCUAUCAACUGUUCACAGAGUGGAAGAAUUGAAAUCAAUAAUCAGGAUGGGACCAAUAUGGGCAUCAGGCAUUCUUCUAAUCACAGCAUAUGCCCAACAAGGAACUUUCUCCCUUCAACAAGCCAAAACUAUGAACAGACACCUAACCAAGUCCUUCGAAAUCCCAGCAGGGUCCAUGUCGGUAUUCACCAUCCUCACAAUGCUCUUCACUACUGCCCUCUAUGACCGUGUCUUAAUCCGAGUAGCCCGUAGAUUCACUGGACUCGACCGUGGUAUAACCUUCCUUCACAGAAUGGGCAUUGGUUUUGUGAUCUCACUUUUUGCUACCUUUGUUGCUGGAUUCGUCGAAAUGAAACGAAAGAAGGUCGCUAUGGAACACGGACUCAUCGAACACUCUAGUGAAAUAAUCCCAAUCUCAGUGUUUUGGCUUGUUCCACAGUAUAGUCUUCAUGGAAUGGCUGAAGCUUUUAUGUCAAUAGGGCAUUUAGAGUUUUUCUAUGAUCAAGCUCCUGAGAGUAUGACAAGUACUGCAAUGGCAUUUUUUUGGACAUCAAUUUCUCUAGGGAACUAUAUCAGUACACUUUUGGUUACCUUGGUACACAAGUUUACUAAAGGGCCUAAUGGUACCAAUUGGCUUCCUGAUAAUAAUCUCAACAAAGGGAAGUUGGAAUACUUUUACUGGCUAAUCACACUCUUGCAGUUUAUUAAUCUCAUUUACUACUUGAUUUGUGCUAAAAUGUAUACCUAUAAGCAAAUUCAGGUUCAUCAUAAAGGGGAAAACAGUUCUGAAGACAACAAUAUUGAGCUUGCUAGUACUACAGUUUAAGUAAAAAUUUAUAAGGAUACUAUACUUUAUGAGUUGCUUAGAUUUGGAUUUGGUCAUCACACUUGUAGAAGUUAGUUGAUCAUUUGCAUAAAUAAUUACUAUCAUUAUAUAGAACCCACUUGGGUUAGCCUGAUGAUAUUGACUUGGGAUCUGAGAGUAUACCCCACCUCAAGAUCUCAGGUUCAAUUUUCUCCGAUGCUAAUUUGGGUGAGUUAAUUUAGCUUCUUCAACAAAAAGUUAUUAUCAUUAUUUAGUGUACAAGGAAUGUAUUUGUGAGCUUACUUUAGCUUUGUGGAACACAUCUGUAAAAUAAAUAAUAACUACUCUGUGUGUCCAUUUUUAAUUGAUGGUUUUUUGG